AUGUUUGCUCGUCGCACAGCUGCGCGCAUCUCUAGAGUGACGCCCCGCGUGAGCUCGUUGCACUCCGCUCGACUCUUUUCCGCUACCAGAAUCAGCAGAGUCCAGGAAACAGUCAACAAGAAGAGCGUAAUUCGCGAAAAAGAAAUCCCAGUCACCAUUUACGACGGCCCCGGCCAAGGUGACAAGCACACUGUCAGUGUUCCCGAGAGCGCUGGCAAGGUGCCUUCAGAGAGCCCUGUCCCAGCCCCCGAAAACGAUGCGGUCCAACCGCUGUCUAAGAAGGUCUACGACUCUAUGCCUCACACAAUGAGGAAUAUGACCGUUCACGGCAAGACAAUUAUUAUCACAGGUGGAGCGCGCGGCCUGGGUAACCACAUGGCACGGGCCUGUGCUGAGGCUGGCGCCAAGAACAUCAUCAUCUUUGACGCUAACCAAGAGCUUGGCGAUGAGGCUGCCGCCGAACUUCACGAGAAGUCUGGCUUGCCAGUCUCCUUCUUCAAGGUCGAUGUGCGUGACGGCGCUGCUAUUAACGCGGCUGUGGAUUCCGUUGUUGAGCUUUACGGCGCACCAGAUGUUCUCGUCAACUCGGCAGGUAUCGCAGACUCUAACAUUAAGGCCGAGACAUACGACCCUGCCAUGUUCCGCCGCCUCAUCGAUAUCAACUUGACCGGCACCUUUCUCAUGUCUCAGGCUGUUGGUCGAGCCAUGAUGGCAGCAGGCAAGGGUGGCUCGCUGAUUCUUGUCGCCUCCAUGUCCGGCUCCAUUGUCAACUACCCCCAGGAGCAGUCGUGCUACAACGCCUCCAAGGCUGGUGUCAUUCAGUUUGGCAAGUCCAUCGCUGCUGAGUGGGCCAAGUAUGGCAUCCGUGUCAACACCAUUUCUCCUGGCUACAUGGACACCGCUCUGAACCGUGUGCCAGCUCUCGAGGCCCAGAAGAAGAUUUGGCGUUCCAUGACUCCCCAGAACCGCCUCGGCAAUGUUGACGAGCUCAACGGUCUUUGCGUGUUCCUUGCAUCGGAUGCAUCCUCUUUUGUAACGGGUUCUGAUAUUUUGAUUGAUGGUGGAUACCACUGCUGGUAA